AAAGUCAACAACAGUAUAAGCGGUGUGCAGAAAGCGAUCGAAGAGCGCGCGGGGGGUCCGGGACUGCCAGCAUCACUAACAACAACAUCACUGCUGUUUGUUUUGGCUGAGUCACUGCUGAGGAGUGGGAAGGUCUGAAAAGUGUGAUAGUGAGAGAGACACCAGAGGGAGGGGGAUAGCCUGCUCCAUAACAGCUUCCACCAGAGAGAGAGACUCAAGAAAGGCACAACGAGGAAAAGCGACGGUGAGAAAGAGCGCAUCAGAGAGCACGAGAGGGAGAGCUCCACGCAGGGAGGGAGCGAGACGCUGACCCCUCCCCUCCCCUCGUCCUCUCCUCUCCUCCGUUUCCCCCCCACCCCACCUCCCUCCUCGAUCGUUCCGGAGCUGGCGUGUUGGAGCGGAGAGCACACCCUGACGGAGGCAUCAUGAGCGAUGUCACUAUCGUCAAAGAAGGCUGGGUGCAAAAGAGGGGUGAAUAUAUCAAGAAUUGGAGGCCACGCUACUUUCUGCUGAAAACUGACGGAUCCUUUAUUGGGUACAAGGAAAAGCCGCAGGAUGCAGACCUCCCCUACCCCCUCAAUAACUUUUCUGUUGCAAAAUGCCAGCUGAUGAAAACUGAACGGCCAAAACCCAAUACUUUCAUUAUCAGAUGUCUCCAGUGGACCACUGUCAUUGAAAGAACUUUCCAUGUGGACACUCCAGAGGAAAGGGAUGAGUGGACAGAUGCGAUCCAGAUGGUGGCUGAUAAACUCCAAAGACAGGAAGAGGAGCGGAUCCAGUGCAGUCCAACUUCACAAAUAGACAACAUUGGAGAGGAGGAGAUGGACAUCUCGAUCAGUCACCAUAAACGAAAGACAAUGAAUGACUUUGACUAUUUAAAACUACUGGGAAAAGGCACUUUUGGUAAAGUCAUUCUCGUAAGGGAGAAGGCCAGUGGAAAAUACUAUGCGAUGAAGAUUCUGAAGAAAGACGUUAUCAUUGCAAAAGAUGAAGUGGCUCACACUCUCACCGAAAGUCGAGUGCUGAAAAAUACUAGACACCCAUUCUUAACUUCUCUGAAGUACUCAUUCCAAACAAAAGACCGUCUCUGCUUUGUGAUGGAGUACGUCAAUGGAGGAGAGCUGUUUUUCCAUUUGUCGAGAGAACGGGUGUUCUCUGAGGACCGCACGCGCUUCUACGGUGCAGAGAUCGUCUCCGCCCUAGACUACCUGCACUCCACCAAGAUAGUGUAUCGGGAUCUCAAGUUGGAGAAUCUGAUGCUUGAUAAAGAUGGGCACAUUAAAAUUACAGACUUUGGGCUCUGUAAAGAAGGAAUUACUGAUGCUGCUACUAUGAAGACCUUCUGUGGAACACCGGAGUACCUGGCGCCCGAGGUGCUGGAGGAUAAUGACUACGGCCGGGCAGUGGACUGGUGGGGACUGGGUGUGGUGAUGUAUGAGAUGAUGUGUGGCAGGCUGCCUUUCUACAAUCAGGACCACGAGAAGCUUUUUGAGCUCAUCCUUAUGGAGGACAUCAAGUUCCCCAGGACGCUGUCAGCCGAUGCCAAGUCUCUCCUGUCAGGCCUGCUCAUCAAAGACCCCAAUAAGAGACUUGGCGGAGGUCCAGAUGAUGCUAAAGAAAUAAUGCAACACAGUUUCUUUGUCUCAGUGGACUGGCAGGAUGUUUAUGAUAAAAAGCUGAUACCUCCCUUCAAGCCUCAGGUGUCAUCAGAGACGGAUACCAGAUAUUUCGACGAGGAGUUCACGGCACAGACGAUUACGAUAACUCCCCCUGAAAAAUUUGAUGAAGAUGGGAUGGACUGCAUUGACAAUGAGAGGCGGCCGCACUUCCCCCAAUUCUCCUACUCGGCCAGCGGUAGAGAGUGAGUCCACACAGCCAGCACUGCCUCAUCCUCAUCACACUUACCACCAGAAUAGACUCGACCUUCAGCUUCUACUCUAUCAGACCUUGCCCAAAUUCAGCACCCCUUUCUCCACUGGGACUUUUUCAUCAUGCUCUUGCUAGGCCCAGAACUCCAGGACGCGCUCCGGCUUUAGGGUAAUGGGAAUUUUGCACUUUGGGCUGAACCGAAGGUUUGGUCCACCUAAACGCCCCAGGCGGAUUGAACCCACAGGUUGGCCUCUAGGGAAGAGAACUGUGCAGUUUGUUUACCUGUAGUGUGUUUGUUUUGUGUGUGUGUUUUUUUUUUUUUCGAGCACUGAAGCUUCAGCAUUCCUUUUAAUUUUGGAUCAAAAAUCAGGAUCCCUGUGUGGCUUGAGAUUCACAUUACAAAUACCAUUUCAUUACUGUGUGUAAUGUGUGUCAGAUAUAAAGUACAAACGAAUGCCCUGUGUGUGAAACUGCCAGAAUAGUACACUCAGGCUACACAACACUUCUGCAAAUCAUUUACUCACACCACUAGCACUUAACCACAAACUAAAGCACUGCUAACGUGGCCACAAUGGCAGUAAUCAACAUCAGGAUUAGCUGUUAUACUCAGAUAGGGUUCUUGCUCUGCGGCAUUGCUUUUAGUUUAAAAAGCAAAGGAGCCAGAAAAUGGAAGGGUGGAAUUCUUCAUGUUUGUUCUUUAGCUGAGGAGUUGUGUGAAUCUGAGCCAUACAGCACUGUACCUCCUGAUACUUUAGGUACGAUUGUCUGUUCGGGUUAGAAAAGUCUUCUUUCAGAACAAUCUUAUCCGGCUGAUAUUAUAUUGAUGGCUUUUUUUCCAUGUGCUGAAGGCUUCGUCUCAUUCUCUGAGAUAUAUGUACUUUUAUUCCAGUUGGUGCUUUAAAGCACUGCAUUUGCUGGGUUACCACUGUGUUGAGCACUGAGCACUGAUACUUAAGAAAUAAUGAUCAAAAAUGUAGUUAAUGUAGUUAUUUGCCAUCGUUAAUUAAUCAGGGUCCAUAACUUUCAUACACCUCAUACAAUGUCUUGACUGAGGAGUUAGUC